AUGUGCCGGUGGUUUGCUUAUGUCGGCCAUGAGGAGUGUCUUCUCGAGGAUGUGCUUAUCGAGCCCAAACAUGCUAUAACGUUCGUAUCCGAAGUUCGAUAUGCGCUCACGAGACUGAUUCGACGCCGCGCUGACAGGAAACAAGUCCUUGACCACUACCUUCCGGGUCUCAUCCACCACGAGCCCGGCGAAACGCAGAGCCAGGAGCAAGCCGAAGAAGCUGAGCUCAAAAUGCGAAACAUCAUGUACAACAUCGAUGGCUUCGGCGUUGCUUGGUACAGCGACACACGCUCCCAAUUUGAGAUUGGCGUCGAGGGCCCCCGUGCGGCAAUGUACAAGACCGUUGCUCCGAUUGUGACCGACACAACCUUCAACUUCAUCUGCCAGAACACGGCCAGCAAAUGCAUUCUCGCUCAUGUUCGCGCCGCGUCUGCGCCUCCCAUCGUGGAGACGAACAACCACCCGUUCAUCUUCGGACGACACUCGUUCAUGCACAAUGGAAGCGUCACAUUUUUUCCCCAGAUCCGUCACGGCCUUCUACAGCGGAUGAAGCCUGAAAUCGUCUCUCAGUUACAGGGAAACACUGACUCCGAGCACAUCGCCGGUCUUUACAUCUCUUACUUAGGCGAUACGAACGUUGCGCACACUAUCGACGAAAUGCGGAAGGCUCUCCUCGCUGCCAUCAAGACCGUGCUUGAGGUCCAGCAAACGGUCUUAACAUCCGAACAGUUGAAGGACAACGGCGGCGCGAGCUCCUUAAACCUUUGCACUUCGGACGGUCAAAAGAUGCUCGCGAUUCGUUUCAGGAACCAUCCUACCCAGCAGCCACCUUCACUGUACACAUCGACCACUGCGGGCAUUGCGCUCAACCGCAAGUAUCCCGGCUCAAGUACCGAUACGGACAAGGACGUCAAACCCGAUGACCGUUCCGCUCAGACCCAUGGGAAGCAUGUCAUUGUCGCGUCCGAGCCCACGACCUACCAGCAGUCUGCGUGGACGCUUAUGAAGAAGAAUGAGCUACUCAUGGUGGAUGAGAACAUCAAUGUGAAAACAGAGAUCGUCAAUACCUCCGUGUGA